GUUGCUGCCGACGUGGCGGGGCGGAGAAGGCGAAGGAGGGGGCGAGCCGGCAAGGGGACUGCUGAGCGAACUGAAAAUGUCUGAAGACACGUUCAAUGGCAUCCCAUCUGAAGAAAAACUUGAAGGCACAGAAAUGCCCAGCAAUGAGGUAUUGCAUCACAAGGCAGUAGCACACCUUGGGGAAGCUGAGAUCUUGAAUGAGUCUUCGCAAGAUGAAUGUGGACAGACUUCUCAGAGUGCCAGUAACAGACAGGAGGGAGAUGUAUUUAUUCAAGAAAACCCUUUGACUGAAAAAGUAACUGAAAGCCUGCCUUCCAGUGGAGAAGCAACUGAAGAUGUGCCCACUGAGUGCAGUGAGACUGUAAGCCUUGAUGCAGAACCUGAAUCUGAAGAAACACUGCAUGCAGAAAGCAGUGCAGCCACAGACUCUUCAUCUAAAGCAAGUAGAUGGGGAGCUUGGGGUACCUGGGGAAAGUCUCUCCUGUCAUCAGCUUCUGCCACCGUGGGUCAUGGGAUAACAGCAGUAAAGGAAAAAGCAGGAACUACUCUAAGAAUUCAUAACACAAGUUCAGCAUCUUUGGAGACAGCAGAGCCUCCUGCAGCCGAAACACCAAUUAUACAAGCAGAUUCCCUGGAACAAAGCUCUUCUGAGAACAUUCCUGCUUCUCCUUCAUCUGGAUCUCGUGGCGUGUUGUCAGCUAUCACAAAUGCUGUCCAGAACACAGGGAAAAGCGUAUUAUCUGGAGGCUUAGAUGCUUUGGAAUUUAUUGGGAAGACAACCAUGAAUGUCCUUGCAGAAAGCGAUCCUGGAUUUAAGAGAACCAAAACCCUGAUGGCAAGAACAGUUUCACUGUCUCAGCUGUUGCGAGAAGCUAAAGAAAAAGAGAAACAGAGGCGGGCACAGCAAGUUACAGUUGAGAGAACAGCACAUUAUGGACUACUUUUUGAUGAAUUCCAAGGUUUAUCUCACCUUGAAGCUCUGGAAAUCCUGUCAAAUGAAAGUGAAGCCAAGAUUCAGUCAUAUUUAGCAACGCUAGAUGGAGAGCAGUUGGAGACUGUGAAAAAUGAUUUAAUUGCUAUAAAAGAGGUUUUUGUUCCAAAGGACUCAGAUGACGAAGUGGUGCAGGCACAGAAAGCAGAUAUGGGAGAAGAGUUUGUCAGCAUGCUCACUGAACUGCUGUUUGAAUUGCACGUUGCUGCUACUCCUGACAAACUUAAUAAGGCUAGGAAAAAAGCUCAUGAAUGGCUGGAAGAAGCCAAUUUUUCCACACCAGUAGACAUAGAAGAGGAGCUAAAAGAAAAGCCUGGAGAACCUGAUGAGGAAAAGACUGAAAAAGAAGAUAAAAUCGACAGUGACAAACCAGAAGGACAUAAAACCAAAACUGUGGAGGAAAUCUACAUGCUGUCCAUUGAAAGUCUGGCUGAGGUGACUGCUCGUUGUAUCGAACAGCUGCAUAAAGUAGCAGAAUUAAUUCUACAUGGGCAGGAAGUAGAGAAAACAGCUCAAGAUCAAGCAAAAGUCCUGACAAAUUUAACAAGUGCCAUGUGCAAUGAAGUUUCCUCUUUAUCAAAGAAGUUUUCCGAUUCUUUAACAGCAGCUGGGAGCAGUAUGAAAGCAGAGGUUCUUAACCCCUUCAUCAACAGUGUGCUAUUAGAGGGCUGCAACAGUACCACCUACAUUCAGGAUGCCUUCCAGCUGUUGCUUCCAGUUCUGCAGAUUUCACAGAUCCAGAGCAGCUGUUUGAAAGCACAAGAGUGACUGUUUCUCAGCAGUUGUCACCACUGGGCUUAACGAAAGCCACAGAGCUGAUGUCCUUGAUGUAUGCAGAGAGAAGAGCUGGUAUGAGGGGUGUCUGGCCACCCAGGGCCCUCUGAAGACAGUAAACGCGGUUUUGCACAUACAGUACUGAACAUUUUAAAACUCUCAGACUUGUAGACUUUAGAAGCAGUUAGAAAAGGGAGUAACUCCUUUUCCAGGAGAGCAUAUCCUUUGCAUUAACUUAAACUGAAGUUUAUUGAUACUAGCAUUGACUUAAAUAAGGAUUAUAACUUUUGACCCUUUCACUUGUAGAGAACAUACAAAG